GGACCAUCUAAGCUCGUACUCCAUCCACUCUCUCUUUCAAUCUCAAAGACGUUACAUAGAGGCUCAAGAGUUUGCAUGAUUUCUCUCUCCCUCUCUCUCUCUCUCUAGCGAAAACAAGGGUUUAAGCGAAAACCCCUUUCAAGCUCAUAUGCCCAAAUGCCCAUUCCCAAUCCGAAUCAGGUCCUUCCUCAACCAAAGUCGAAUCCUUUCGACCAACCCAGCUAAGCUCUCCACUCCCAUUCCCCUUUCCCCGAACCAAUCCAUGGAACAAUCCCAAGUAUCGGAAUCUCCAAUCUCGCAUCAGAUGUUCAAAUCCGCUCCCAAGAUGGGCUCUUUCACACAAGGCGACUCGACCCUCUCCUCAACAAUCGAGUCCCACGCCGCUAAAUUCGAUUUCGCCUCGGUGGAGAAUCUCUUAACUCGAAUUAGGUCAGAGAACAGAACCGUCAGAGAGCACACCUUCAUAUCUAUAUUCAAAGCCUACGGGAAAGCGCAUUUGCCCGAGAAAGCCGUCGACUUGUUCCAUAGAAUGGUCAGCGAGUUUCACUGCAAACGCACCGUCAAGUCCUUUAACUCUGUGCUUAACGUCAUUCUCAAGGAAGGUCUCUACCACCGUGGGUUGGAGUUUCACGACCACGUUGUCAGCUCCAACUUGAACAUGAACAUAUCUCCCAACGGGUUGAGUUUUAAUUUAGUUAUAAAGGCUUUAUGUAAGUUGGGGUUUGUGGACAGAGCCGUUGAGGUCUUCAGGGGGAUGCCUGAGAGGAAGUGUUUGCCUGAUGUUUAUACUUACUGUACGUUGAUGGAUGGGUUGUGUAAGGAGGAAAGGAUCGACGAAGCGGUUUUGUUGUUGGAUGAGAUGCAGAGUGAAGGAAUCACACCGAGUUCGGUUACUUAUAACGUGUUGAUUAAUGGGUUGUGCAAGAGAGGGGAUUUGACUCGUGUGACGAAGCUUGUGGAUAACAUGUUUCUGAAAGGGUGUGUUCCUAACGAGGUGACUUACAACACGCUGAUUCAUGGUUUAUGUCUCAAGGGGAAGUUGGAUAAAGCUGUGAGUCUCUUGGAGCGGAUGGUGUCGUGCAAGUGUAUUCCGAAUGACGUCACGUAUGGGACGCUCGUUAGUGGUUUGGUUAAGCAGAGACGAGCUGUUGACGCGGUGAGGGUUCUGGUCUCUAUGGAGGGAAGAGGGUAUUGUUUGAAUCAGCAUGUUUAUUCGGUGCUUAUAAGCGGUUUGUUUAAAGAAGGGAGAGCUGAGGAGGCUAUGAGCUUGUGGAAGAAGAUGGGAGAGAGAGAUUGUAAACCCAAUAUCGUUGUGUACAGUGCUCUUGUGGAUGGUUUGUGCCGCGAAGGGAAGCCAGAGGAAGCUAGAGAGAUACUCAACGGAAUGAUAAGUAAUGGAUGCUUGCCUAAUGCGUAUACGUAUAGUUCUUUGAUGAGAGGGUUGUUCAAAGCUGGUCUUAGUGAAGAAGCGAUGCAAGUGUGGGGAGAGAUGGGAUGCUCUCGGAACGAGGUUUGUUAUAGUGUUUUAAUCGAUGGUCUUUGUGGAGUUGGGAAGGUAAACGAGGCGAUGAUGGUUUGGUCAGAGAUGCUAACUACAGGGAUCAAGCCUGACACGGUAGCGUAUAGCUCGAUGAUUAAAGGUCUUUGCGGUAUUGGCUCUAUAGAUGCGGCGUUAAGACUUUACCAUGAGAUGUUAUGCCAAGAGGAACCUAACUCACAACCUGAUGUUGUUACUUAUAAUAUACUUUUAGAUGGUUUAUGUGUGCAUAAGGAUGUUUCUAGAGCGGUUGAUCUCUUGAACUGUAUGUUGGAUAGAGGUUGCGAUCCGGAUGUGAUUACCUGUAACGUAUUUUUGAAGAGUUUGAGGGAGAAGUCAGGUGCUUGUGAAGAAGGGAGGAGGUUUCUAGAGGAGCUUGUUGUGAGGCUGUUGAAGCGGCAGAGAGUAUCAGGGGCUUGUAAAGUUGUGGAAGUGAUGCUGAGUAAGUAUAUGGCACCGAAAGGUUCGACUUGGGGGCUGAUUGUUCCGGAGAUUUGUAAACCGAAGAAGAUUAAUGCCGCUAUUGAUAAAUGCUGGAGGAACCUGUGUACUUGAAAUAGUACUGAGGAUCUUUGUUGCAUGAUUGCAUCCUCCUCAAAAAGACUCCACGCUUGGGAACUUAUUACUUGAUAGUGGCUGAGAUACAUUAGCUCGAGUUUAUUAAGCAUCUGAAAAGUCCUUGUGUUUUAAGCUAAUGAAUCUCAUUGCUACGUCAUGGAAAGAUCUUUGAAGUAUGUUUGGUCCCUCCAUGGUUCAAAUUUCGAGCUCCUAGGGAUAGAGAAGAAGUCUGUGAAGAUGAUCAAGAAUGCGUUCCAUAAGGGAAGAACAAGUUUCGUCAGAUGUAGUGCUCAUUCUUUAUGAAUAAACCUUUUGUUAGUUUGUUUGUUUGUUGUUUUUGUUUGAGCUGCUUUCUUGUAUCAGCACUUGUAGUGGCUUUAUUGAGAUCAGUGUUAGGUUA